GAGCGCGGCUCACACACCGCCGUCCGAAAUGCAGCUGGGGAGCUCUGCUUGCCUGGCCUGACAGCGCUGGGCACCCUCCGGACCAAGGAUGAAAGACCUGCUGGUGGUGCCCCUUGGGCACGUCCUCACCCUGGCAGCCCUCAGCUUGGCCGAGACGCUUCAGAAAGCCCCCUUUAUCAGCACUCCUCUGGAAACUGUGGAUGCACUGGUGGAAGAUGUUGCCAAGUUCGUGUGCGUGGUGGAGUCGUACCCAGAGCCAGAGAUCACAUGGACACGCAACAGCAUUCCCAUUAGGCUGUUCGACACCCGGUACAGCAUACAGAGGAAUGGGCAGCUCCUGACCAUCCUGAGCGUGGAGGACAGUGACGAUGGGGUGUAUUGCUGCACGGCAGACAAUGGGAUCGGUGCGGCCGCCCAGAGCUGCGGGGCUCUGCAAGUGAAGAUGCGACCAAAAAUAACCCGACCACCUCUGAAUGUAGAAAUCAUAGAAGGGUUAAAGGCUGUUCUUCCAUGCACAACAAUGGGAAAUCCAAAACCUUCUGUUUCAUGGAUCAAAGGAGAAACCGUUGUAAAGGAGAACGCUCGCAUUGCUAUUCUCGAUUCGGGGAAUUUAAGGAUCCACAAUGUUCAGAGAGAAGAUGCGGGGCAGUAUCGGUGCAUAGCCAAAAACAGCCUGGGCACAGCCUAUUCGAAACCUGCAACGGUGGUCGUGGAAGUUUUUGCAAGAAUACUGAAGGCUCCUGAAUCCCAAAAUGUCACCUUCGGCUCUGUGGUGAUGCUGCGGUGCACGGCAGCAGGUGCUCCGGUCCCCACUGUCACCUGGCUGGAAAAUGGGAAAGCUGUUUCUGCAGGGUCUAUAGUGGAAAGCAUCAAGGACAGAGUGGUUGACUCCAGGCUGCAGGUGUACGUUACCCGACCUGGCCUGUUCACUUGCCUCGCCACCAACAAACACAGCAAAACCUUCGGUGCUGCGAAAGCUGCCGCAACCAUCAGCAUUUCAGAGUGGAGCAAGUUGUACAAGGGCGAUACAGGCUACUGCAGCACAUACAGAGGUGAGGUGUGCAGUGCCAUCCUGGCGAGCAACGCUCUUGUUUUCUUCAACUCCUCCUAUGCUGACCCUGAGGAGACCCAAGAGCUGCUUGUGCACACUGCCUGGACUGAGCUGAAAAUGGUGAGUUCCUUCUGCCAACCAGCCGCUGAGUCCCUGCUGUGUAACUACAUCUUCCAGGAGUGCAAGCCCUCGGGAGCUGGGCCAGCCCCCAAGCCCGUGUGCAGAGAGAAUUGCCUUGCUGUAAAGGAUCUCUACUGCUUUAAGGAAUGGCUCUCAAUGGAGGAAAACUCUCAGAGGGGGAUAUACAAGCCGGGGCUGAUGCUGCUCGCUCUUCCAGAGUGCAACAGGCUCCCCAGCCUACACCAGGACCCCAGUGCCUGCACCCACAUCCCUUUCUUUGAUUUUAAGAAGGAGAAUAUAACCACAUCCUUAUCACUAGGAACAAGAAAACCAAAUGGAGAGAUUCCAAACCUCCCCCCUCCUCCAUCCUUGUCCCCUACAUACUCCAUGACUGUUAUCAUCUCGAUCAUCUCCAGCUUUGCCCUUAUUGUGAUCCUCAGCAUUGUCAUGCUUGUUUGCUGCCGUCGACGCAAACAAUGGAAAAACAAAAAAAGAGAGUCAGAAACACCAACGCUCACCACUCUGCCCUCUGAACUCCUCCUGGACCGGCUGCACCCCAACCCCAUGUACCAGCGGAUGCCUCUUCUCCUUAAUCCGAAACUGCUCAGCCUGGAGUAUCCCAGGAACAAUAUUGAAUACGUCAGAGAUAUUGGGGAAGGAGCAUUUGGGAGAGUCUUCCAAGCAAGGGCCCCAGGGCUGCUGCCGUACGAGCCUUUCACCAUGGUGGCAGUGAAAAUGCUGAAGGAGGAAGCAUCCGCGGACAUGCAGGCCGACUUCCAGAGGGAGGCAGCCCUCAUGGCUGAAUUUGACAACCCGAACAUUGUCAAGCUUUUAGGUGUGUGUGCUGUUGGGAAACCGAUGUGCCUGCUGUUCGAGUACAUGGCCUAUGGGGAUCUCAAUGAGUACCUGCGCGACCGCUCGCCCCGCAACCUCUGCAGCCUGGCUCAGCAGAGUGGCCUGGAGGCACGGGUCUGCCUCCCCAGCCCCCUGGCACUGUGCUGCACCAGCCAGCUCUGUAUUGCCAAGCAGGUGGCCGCGGGCAUGGCCUACCUCUCUGAGCGCAAGUUUGUCCACCGUGACUUGGCCACCAGGAACUGCCUGGUGGGGGAGAACAUGGUAGUCAAAAUUGCUGACUUUGGCCUCUCAAGGAACAUGUAUUCGGCUGACUACUACAAAGCCAAUGAGAAUGAUGCCAUCCCCAUCCGCUGGAUGCCCCCUGAGUCCAUCUUCUACAACCGGUACACUACAGAGUCUGAUGUGUGGGCCUACGGGGUGGUGCUGUGGGAGAUUUUCUCCUAUGGCAUGCAGCCCUACUACGGGAUGGCUCACGAGGAGGUCAUCUACUACGUGAGGGAUGGGAACGUCCUCUCCUGCCCAGACAAUUGCCCUCUGGAGCUCUACAACCUAAUGCGCCUCUGUUGGAGCAAGCUGCCCUCUGACCGGCCGAGCUUUGCCAGCAUCCACCGCAUCCUGGAACGCAUGUAUGAGAGGGCCGUGGCCUCCCUGCAGGUCUGAGGGGUGUGCCCAGGGUGUCUCCCACAUCCACCCACCUGGAUGGAUGAGGACAGGCCUGAAAGCUCCUGAGUGGCAGCACCACUCGAAGCUGUACUUUAGAGGGAGGAGAAACACCUUGUUCCUCUUCCAAGCAAGAACCAUGUACUGCACCACCCUGGGGUGGGCUAUACCGCCCUGAGGUGGACUAUGUAUCACAAAGUAUGGGGAUAUCUCCCAGCCACAAGGCUGGGGUUCUUUGGGUUGGUGGCUGUGCUGGCCAUGCUAGCUCAGGACCCAUGUUAGGCAUUUCCAGGAGCACAGGGCUCCACAGGCAAAGCAAACCAACCUCUCACUGGUGGCACUUCCCUUCCUAGCAGUUCUCUCCAUGUUCUCCUGUGUUUGUGCUCUUUGCUGUUACCUUUUUCUUCCCUUCCGUAAAUGUUUUCAACUACUACCUGAAAAAAAUAUAUAUUGAAGAAAUCAAUUCUAUUUUGGAUUCUGUUUGCAUUUUAUUUUCAUAUGUUCACUUCCUUUUGAAGAAAAAGGCAUUUCUGAAACUACAGUCCACUUUCUUUUAACUUCCACCUUCUCUUUGACACUUGCAAACACAAUGCAGACAGAGUGAAACCAGGAGCCUGCAGGACCACCAGCAGGAACCAGUAUGUCACGUUACACAGAUGAGCAAGCCUUUGAGUAGCUCCAAAGCUCCUCUUCUCCAAAAGAGGGAAGUCUGCAGUGAGGGUCAUUUGAUCUUUCCUAAGAUCACACCCAAAAAUUAAUCUCAGGCAUAGCAGCUGGUCUUCCCACCUGCUCCCACAGUAAAGCCAUUGGGCACUAAGGGACAAAUUAAUCCUGAAGGUCCAGCCUAGCACCUGGCUGGUCUCUCAGGUGUGUUUAUUUCCCUCUGCUGUGCAGUGCCCGCUGCGCUGAGAGCAGGGAGAAACACAGCCCCUG